CUCGCCCAAAACCCUCAAACCCUUCUCUUUUCGCCCCAUGUUCUGCGGGAAACAGACUACAAUCCCUUGAGCUCUUCUCCUUCUCUGACUCCUGAGUUUGCGAUAAAGAAGGCACGAACGACGGCUGAAAUGCGUGAAAGGUGCGAUGCAGAAGUUGCUGCGUCCAAGCUCCUCUGCUCCUAUAAUCUGCACUGUGGGUAGCCAUUCUUUCUCUCUUAGUCUUCCCACAGGAACCCACAAUCUCACGUUCUCGUUUCCCAGCAAGAAACCUAACUAUUCCCAGUCCAUAGGCCCCUUAAGCGCCUUUCUCUUUCACUCGUCAUCACGGCUUCCUACAAUGGCUGCUUUGGCUUCAUCCGCUUCGUCCUUGGCUACGUCGUCUAUCAGUAAGAAACCCUUUUCUUUAAGCUCUGCUCUGUCGUCUCGCUACCUGGCCACUCUAGCUGCUUCUUCGAGCAGUUGCUGCAUCUGUAGGUGCGCAGUCAACGAUAGGACGCUUUCUCGAGCAUGGGUUGCGGUUAAAGAUGGAAGGAAUGGGCCAAGAGCAGCGUGGUUGCAUUCGGGCUCAGAUGACUCUUCUCUCACUGUUUCUGUUCAUGAAGAUGCAAGCUCAGAUAACUCUAUUGCUGGAGAUUCGGGGGAAGAGGGCCAAAAUACAGCUUCAUUGCCUUCAUCGGAGGAGAAGCCGUUGAAAUUGAAUGGGCGGCCCAAGGGUUCUUCCAGCAGCAGCUGUGACAUACCUCCAAAUCCGGAUUUAUUGACGAUUCCGGGUGUGGGUCCGAGAAAUUUGCGAAAGCUGGUGGAUAAAGGUUUCGCUGGAGUUGCCGAGCUCAAGCAACUGUAUAAAAAUAAGUUCUCUGGCAAGCCUAGUGACAAGAUGGUUGAGUAUCUACAGAGUUCUGUGGGAAUUAUUCACAGGAACCAUGCUGAAAGCAUCACUACUUUCAUUAAAAAGAGUGUGGAUGAAGAGUCGGAAGCUAACUGUGUGCAGUCUCCACACAAAAAUCGGAUUACAUUUUGUGUUGAGGGUAAUAUCAGCGUUGGCAAGACUACUUUUCUUCAGAGAAUAGCUAAUGAAACAAUCGAGUUGCGUGAUCUUGUUGAGGUGGUUCCUGAACCCAUUGACAAGUGGCAGGAUGUUGGACCUGACCACUUCAAUAUUUUGGAUGCUUUUUAUGCUGAGCCACAACGGUAUGCGUACACCUUUCAGAACUAUGUAUUUGUUACCAGAGUUAUGCAGGAAAGAGAGUCAUCUGGUGGAAUCAAGCCUCUUCGGUUGAUGGAGAGGAGUGUUUUCAGUGACCGUAUGGUCUUUGUGCGAUCUGUUCAUGAGGCCAAUUGGAUGAAUGAGAUGGAGAUCAGUAUUUAUGACUCUUGGUUUGAUCCCGUUGUGUCUUGCUUGCCUGGACUUAUUCCUGAUGGUUUUAUCUAUCUUAGAGCAAGUCCUGAUACUUGCCAUAAGAGGAUGAAGCUACGAAAGAGAGCGGAGGAAGGUGGAGUCACCCUAGAUUAUCUUCAAAGCCUCCAUGAAAAGCAUGAAAGCUGGUUAUUUCCCUCUCAAAGUGUUAAUCAUGGAGUAUUAUCAGUCAGCAUGCUGCCCUUGCAUAUUGAUAACUCCUUACAUCCUGAUAUAAGGGACCGUGUUUUCUAUCUUGAGGGUGAUCAUAUGCAUUCAAGCAUUCAGAAGGUUCCUGCAUUGGUCUUGGACUGUGAACCCAAUAUUGAUUUCAGCAAAGAUAUUGAAGCGAAGAGAGAAUAUGCACGCCAAGUUGCUGAGUUCUUUGAAUUUGUGAAGAAAAGGAAAGAGAAUACACCCAAUGAAGGUGGUGAAGGUUACAAGAACCGGCCACAGGUGCUGCUACCCCAUGGUGGCAGCUUGUGGGUGCCAGAUGGAAAGCAUUUUCCUUCGUCAGCCCUCAAAUCUCUGGAAUUCAGACGAACCAUGUCAUCGUUCAUAUCUAGCAAAUAACGUGGCUUAGUGAAAUCCAUUGACCGUUUUCUGCCUUUGUUGCAGAUUGUAGAUCCACUAAUGACCCCUAGCUGACCUGUUGUUUUUCUUGCAUGUAAAGAUGUUGGGACCUUAGCUGGUUUAUCAGAGAUGGUUGUAUUUGUAUGGAUGUAAUGCUUUAUUGCUGUAGUACUCCCGCGAGUAGGUUUGUGUUUCUUUCAUUGGAAAUGUGGCUGUAUUUCUUUGAUAGGAAAUUUGGUGUCUUCCUUGACCA